AUGAAGAGCCGUCAACUGCCGUCAGACGAAUCCUCCGUGCGCCUGAAGGCACGGGGUCGCGUCAGUGAACAAACCUACGUAGUUUUGCUUGCAGCUUUCAGCGAAAUGAGGAGCAUAUCGCCGCAGAGCCCAGAAUCGCCCAAGGUCCCGAAACCUAGGAUCCUGCGUACCGGCAAACAUCACUUGCACUUCGGAGCAAGGUUCAGCUGUGAGGAACUCUGA